AUGCCACCGCCACCUAAGUUGGGGGAUGAUCAUUCUUUCAACACCAGAUAUGGGUCACUCCAGUUCUUGGCAACACAUAUUUUCCUAUUGGGGGCAGAGACUCCUCUAGCUUUCCAGGUUGCUCGAGGGGGGUUGACAGCAGUGAGGGACAAGUUGGAAAUGAUGAGAACAACUCCGGCUGAAAGGGAAUCGAUGGUAAUACCUAAGGAGUUUGAAAGAGUCCUCAACCCCAAAAAAGUUAUGUUCAAGGGAUGUAGAAAAGGAAAGGCAAAAAAACAACAGAAGAAAAAGAAGAGGAAGUGUGGGAGAUGCGGUAGAAGGGACGGUCAUUAUAUUAAGACUUGUCCUGAACCCGAAGGCUACGUGCCGCCAGCUAGAGAAUCUUCGUCUGAUGAAGAGGAUGACGACGAUGAUCUGGAUGCGGACAAUGAUGGAGGUGAUGAGGGAGGUGAUGAUGGAGAUGAUGACGAUGACCAAAGUGGUCGGCCCCAAAAGACUGGGCCACGUACUAGGAGUAGUACUAUGACACAUCAGCAGCAAGGGAAAUCCAAUAAGCAUACAGAACCUAGUGUGGAGCCUUCUGCUCAAUGUUCUGAACGCCAAUCUGAGAGGACCCAACAGAGGAGGGGACAUGGCAAGAAGUUGAACAACACAGACAGGGCAAGAAGUUGA